CAACAAGAACACAAGAGAACGAAACCGUGCAACAGUGACAACAGAGUGGCAACCGAAAGUUGCAGCCAGCAUUUGUUGCAUGCAGUGAUCAAAGCACAACAACAACAACAACAACAACAACAAAGCAACAACAACAAAAAAAAACACUAGAAAUAUAAGUGGUGAAAUAUUCCGAUUAAGUCUUUGGCCGAUUAAACGGAACUCCAGGCGAUCCCCAAGCGAUCCGCAGCAACCAAUCGACUCCCAGAGGCGCCUCAAAAGUGUACGUGCAACUGUUGGCUCGAAAACCGUUGCCAGCACAGAACCCAGAGAGCUGCAGCAUUCAAAGAUGUUUUGAGCAGCCAGCAAGCCAGCCACAAGUACAGUGAACCCUCUGCCACAGCAUACUAUCCACAUAAUGGACAUGACCAAGCAGAUAAUGGACUUUGAAAUAAAGUCAGAGAGCGGCGACUGCGAGGCCAACGACUACACAAUGGCCACGGCCACAGAGGAGCCCAAGGGGGCGCCGGAGGCAGCCACCCAGAACGACGGGGACACCAAGUCCUCCUCCCAUGAGGAGGAGGAGGCAGCCACAGGGACACAGGCCACAGCCACUGGCCCUGCCACAGAGAAGGCUGCGGCCGAUAUGGACGAUGCGGACGAGGAGGCAGCGGAACCAAAGCAAAAUCUGAUCAAAGAUCCACCAUUGACACCGCCACCGAGGCCCCUGACCUCCAGCGAAGUGGUGGGACUGCGGGAUCCCGACGAUCCCGAGCUGCGCCUCCAACUGGAGGCAAAGAAGUCGCGAUCGCUGCCGGUGUCGCCACAGCCGCAGGCCAGCCACAAGCUGGCGGCAGCCGCACUCUUCGAAUUCGGACAGACAUCGCCGGGUCGCGGAUCGGGGGAGCGGACUCCCGUGAAGGCGAUCAAGCCCGACCAGAAGGUGGCGCCCGCCAGGCGGCGACUGCCGCCCGUGAGCGGAGGCGCCACGGACAACCAGCAGUUCUGCCUGCGGUGGAACAACUACCAGUCGAAUCUGACGAACGUCUUCGACGAGCUGCUGCAGAGCGAGUCCUUCGUGGACGUGACCCUCUCCUGCGAGGGGCAGUCGAUCAAGGCCCACAAAAUGGUGCUCUCCGCCUGUUCGCCGUACUUCCAGGCCCUGUUCUACGACAAUCCCUGCCAGCAUCCGAUCAUCAUCAUGCGGGAUGUCCACUGGUCGGACCUCAAGGCCCUCGUCGAGUUCAUGUACAAGGGGGAGAUCAACGUGUGCCAGGACCAGAUCAAUCCUCUGCUGAAGGUCGCCGAGACCCUGAAGAUCCGCGGCCUGGCCGAGGUGAGUGCCGGCGCCAGUCGCGACGGCGCCUCCGCGCACCCCAUGCUCCCCGAUCAGCGGAUGUCCGUCUACGGGGAGGACGAAGAGGAGGACGAGGAGCUGGCGGCCGCCAUCUUGCGGCAGGAUCACGAGGACCCCGAGCCGAAGCGGGCCCGACUCAUGGCGGACACCGCCCUGGACCUCAACCAGCGGCAGAGGAAGCGCUCGCGGGACGGCAACUAUGCCACGCCCAGUCCGCUGCAUGGCGAGACCCUCCGCCCCGACGUGGAGUCCGAGGCGUCGCCGCGGACGGCCGUCACGCCCAGCGGCCAGAGCCAGCCCACAUCGACGAUCGUGAGGAAUCCCUUCGCCUCCCCGAACCCCCAGUCGCUGCAGGCGCACCUCCUCACGGGCACAGGCACCUCGUCCUCGGCCUCGAGCAGCAGCUCCGGAGGCACCUCCUCCUCCACGGUGGGAACGGCCGCCGUGGGCACAUCCAACGGCAGCUCGGCCGGAGCCCUGCUGCACUCGCCCACAGGCGGGGGAUCGUCGGGCGGAUCGCAGUCCUCGCUGCCCCCGCACAUGGCCGCCGCAGUGCAGGCCCCACCACCGGUCAUGCAUCACCAUGCGGCGGCGGCAGCCGCCCAACAGCUGGCGGCCCAGCACCAAUUGGCCCACUCGCAUGCGAUGGCCAGCGCCCUGGCGGCCGCUGCAGCGGGCGGCAAUGGAGGCGGCGCCGCCGCUGCCCCGGCCAGCGGUGCGGUGGGGGGCUCGGUGCCCUCUGCCUCGUCGGUGGGUUCGUCGCAUCACGAUGACAUGGAAAUCAAGCCGGAAAUUGCCGAAAUGAUACGCGAAGAAGAGAGGGCAAAAAUGAUCGAAAGCGGCGGCCAUGGCGGCUGGAUGGGCGCUGCUGCCGCCGCAACAGGCGCUUCUGUGGCGGCAGACAGCUACCAGUACCAGCUGCAGUCCAUGUGGCAGAAAUGCUGGAACACCAACCAGCAGAAUCUCGUGCAGCAGCUGCGCUUCCGCGAACGCGGACCCCUGAAGUCGUGGCGCCCCGAGGCCAUGGCCGAGGCCAUCUUCAGUGUCCUCAAGGAGGGGCUGUCGCUGUCGCAGGCGGCCCGCAAGUUCGACAUCCCGUACCCGACGUUCGUGCUGUACGCGAAUCGGGUGCACAACAUGCUGGGGCCCUCCCUCGACGGCGGCACUGAUCCGCGGCCCAAGGCCAGGGGCCGGCCGCAGCGCAUCCUCCUGGGCAUGUGGCCCGAGGAGCUCAUCCGCAGUGUCAUCAAGGCGGUCGUCUUCAGGGACUAUCGCGAGAUCAAGGAGGACAUGGGGGCACAUCAGUACGCGAAUGGACAGGCGCAUGGCACCUACAUCGGCGGCGGCACCACUUCCAAUGGGUAUCACAGUGCCGCAGCCGCCAAGAUGGCCGCACAGAACGCCGCCUUGGCCCCGCCCGAUGCCAGCAGUCCGCUGAGCACCAUGACAGAGUCGCUGCGCCGCCAGAUCCUGUCGCAGCAGCAGCAGGCGGCCCAGCACCAGCAGCACCAGCAGCAGGCGCCGCACAUGUACAAGUCGCCGGCCUACUUGCAGCGCUCGGAGAUCGAGGACCAGGUCUCGGCGGCAGCGGCCGUGGCAGCAGCGGCAGCCAAGCAUCAGCAGAGCGGCGGCGGCGGCGGCGGCGGUGGCGGCGGCCGGGGAUCCGAGAAUCUGCCCGAUCUGACGGCCCUGGGGCUGAUGGGGCUGCCGGGCCUGAACGUCCUGCCGUCGCGCGGUGCCGGCGGCAACGGGGGCGGUGGCGGCGGAGCGGCGGCUCCCUCGAGUGCCGCCAGCUAUGCGCGGGAGCUGACGCGCGAGCGGGAGCGGGAUCGGGAGCUCAAGGAGGCCAUGCAGGCGCGUCAGUACGGCAACCAGUCGCGCGGCGGCAGCGGUGGCAGCAACUCCUCCGCCAAGGCACAGUCGAAUCGUCCUGGCGCCGCCUCCCCGUACUCCUCGCACUAUGAACAGCAUCCGAAUUACGCGUACAACAAGCGCUUCCUGGAGAGCCUACCGGCGGGCAUUGACUUCGAGGCCAUUGCGAACGGCCUGCUCCAGAAGUCGGUGCAGGCCCAGAACAAGAGUCCACGCUUCGAGGACUUCUUUCCGGGGCCAGGGGGGCCGCAGGACAUGAGCGAGCUCUUUGUCAAUUCCGAUGCGGCGGCGGCGGCGGCGGCAGCAGCAGCGGCAGCCGCGGCCUAUGCCCCCGUCCGCGAGUCCCCCCUGAUGAAGAUCAAGCUCGAGCAGCAGCAGCAUGCCACAGAGCUGCCGCACGAGGAUUGAGGGCGGCCUGGGGACCGCGCGCGGGCGAGAGGAGAGGCAAUGGAAUGUUUUUGGACUGCUACUUGAAGAAAACCCCCCAACGUUUUUUUUUCUUAGAUUUUAAUUGAAAAUCAUGGUUUUUUUUUUGUCGGCUAGGAUCUAGAGGAUAUACAGAUAUAUAUGCGUAUAGGAUAUA